AUGACGCUCAAAUCCAGCCGGAGUGACAGCGUGAGCAGCAUGAGGACCGCGCUGUCCGACCUGUACCUGGAGCACCUUCUGCAGAACAGGCCUAAGGCCGAGGUGAGAGGCGCUUCUGGAGAUUGGGGCAUGCGGGGGUGGCCGGUGGGAAAACGUGGCAACGGCCGCUGAACGCGCCGUAGCGCUGGAGGUGGGCAAGCCCCUCCCUCCCGCUCAUGUUUAAAGCAAGGAGCGGGUUGCUACCUUUCCGAUGCUGGGCGGGAGGCCCCCACCUACCCACCCACCCACGUUGUCCACUUAACUCUAUAUGCUGAUCGAUGCAAAUGCAUCGCUUGCCUGUUACUUAACACAUAUCCCUUGGGGGUGGAUAAAUUUGGGCAUGGACUAGGGUGGCCCCAACCGGUCUUGAGUUUUAUGGACUUCGCAAGUGAGACUUCGGGCUGCAAUUCUGAAACCCAUUGACUAGAGAGUAAACGCUGUUGCACGCAGUGGGGUAUACGUCCCGUUAAGCAUGCGAAGGUCUGCCUAUGCCAUUUGCGUUACCUGGGUACCAGCAAUGCUAUCUAGGAAGCAGAAUGGACCAGCUUAGGCCAGCUGAUGCACGCGGGAGAUGUACUUUUGAAUCCACCUUUUUUUUAAAAAAAAGGAACGUGGGGAGCUUCUGCCUGAUGCGUUGACAGACCACUGACCCCAUGCAGUUUGGUAUCACCUAAGCAGAGUGGCAGGCAUGGGUCCUUCUUCCAGCCUUGCUAGAGAUGUGGUGGGAUUGAAUUUGGGACCUUCUGUAUGCAAAACAGGGAAGAGCUGCAAAUUAGUGGCAGAGCAGCUGCUUGCAUGGAGAAGGCACCAGGCUCAAUGCCUAGCACUGACUGAGAGAGACCCCUCUCUGAAAUCCUGGAGAGCUGCUACCAGUCAGUGUAGGUAAUACUGAGCUAGAUGGACCAGUGGUCUGACUCUGUAGACAGCAGCUUCCUAUGUUCCUGUCCUCUGUCACUAGGCUAGUUCCCUUCCCUUUGGAAGUGGGAGAGUCUGGUGGGACAAGGUUGUCUGUGGGAUCCGGGUGAUGAUAGAUUUCCCUCUUCCACUUUCAUUUCGAAUAACUCCAGUGAUUUUUGCUCUUGUGGUGGCUGAACACCAUCACACUCCUUGCAAGUGGCGGAGGACAGUUGUUUUAAGUGGGUUACAGUACAUGGUCUAUUGGGGUGCUUCUCAGUUUCAUGCUUUUUGGCCGAGAUCCGAACACAGUCCCUUGCGUGGAACCAAUAUUUUUUCUGCCUGUACUCUGGGGUUUCCGGAUUUCUCUUCUAGCAAUAACUCUGAUAUGUUGGAUUGAAAGCUGCUGUGGAGGGUACCCCAUUUUUUUCUAGAGUGGCACUUUGGAAAUCAGUUGGAGAGGACGUAUUGGGAAAUUUGACCCCUGGCCACUUUCGACUAGAGCAAUGUUUCCCAAACUUUUCCAGGUGUUUCAGACUACAAUUCCCAUCAUUCCUAGCUAGCAGGACCAAUGGUCAGGGAUGAUAGGAACUGUAGUCAAAAAACAACUGGAGACCCAAGUUUGGGAAACCCUGGACUAGAGCUAUUCCUUGAAGCAAAGGUGCUGAGAUCUGCAGAACACGUUCAUGAAUGGCUAUUCAGAACAGAAUAGCCAGCUGUGGAGCCAUCCAGGUAAACAAGAAUCCCAGGACAGAUUGGGGUAGAUAUGCUAUGCAGCUCAUGCAUCCUGCUGCAAACAAGGGCCUCUUGCAAGUUGGAUCUCUUUGACUGGCCCUUUUGUGGAUUUCCCUAUGCAAAGACCACAGUGGGGGACAGAAGUGUGAGGACAGACCUCCAUCAAAGAGGCUCAUGUGCAGGUGUGCAAGGUGUUCCACACAUUGGAAAAACAUGAUGUGCUGGGUUACUGUUGCCAAGUCCAUAGAUCAUUCAGACAAUUUGAAUGUAGUUGGUGGAAAUGUGGCUCUCAAGCCACACUUUUUUUCCUUUCUGGAACUGUUACAGCAAGUACAUUUUAAGGGAGACCAUGGAGACUGACCCUUUUAAGGGAGGGGGCUUGUUUUUUGCUUGCUUUUCUCUUGUUGCCUGCGUGCCCUCUUCCCUUGUUGCCUAUUGGCAAGCUAAUCACAAGUAUUAAGAGUUUGGGGGCACAGCUGCAUUUUGCAGCUGGUCAUCUUGUCCCUUUGCUUCUGAGUAGAGCCUGUGUGUGUAUUGUGUGUGUGAGAAGGAUUCAGUGCUUUACUUCAGAGGAAGUUGGCGCUCUCUCUCUCGCUCUCGCUCUCUGCUGCAAAGUUGCAUCUGGUCAGAACUGGAAGUGGCAAUUGGCUUGUGCUGAUUUAGCUGCAGAGCUAUUCAGUUUGGGGGAAGUGAUGACAGGAACAUAAGAAGCUGUCAUAUACUAGGUCAGUUUUCUUAGCACAUCUCUCCCAGCACUGCCUGUUCUUGCUAGCAUUGGCUAGAGAUGUGAAGGCCAAUAAAGAAAAUGAGGGGAAACUUCUUCGGGAUUUUUUCCCCUUUCUGUUUUUCCAUGCCUGCACAAUCUCUAACAUUGGCUUUUCAGAAUCUCAUGCAGGGCUCUUCCCCACCAUUGAUAAGACUAUCAGUGUCUGCUAGACAUAAUGACUAGCUGCCUCUACUGUUGGGGGAUUCACAGGUCAGGAGAAUGCUGUUGUACUCAGGUCCAGCAUUUGUGCUUUCGAGCAAGUCCAAAACAAGCAAGGACUCCAGGAAUGGGGAGCCUGUGCCUUUCAGUUGCUGUGGAACAACUUCCAUCAUUCCUGGCCAUACAUGCUGGGCCUGAUGGGAGUUGAAGUCCAAUGACAUCUGACAGGCCACAGGUUCUCCCACCAAUGCACUACUGUUUUGGCUUUUUCUCUCCAUGCCUCCACACUCUGACCUGUGCUAUUUAAUAUGAUUGGUCUGCCUUAUGGGGCUGUUGUGCAAAUGACUGAGUUCACACUUCUGAAGUGCUUUGGAUACUUGAACUUGUUGGCAUCUGUCUGCCUUGGGAGACAGUGGAGGAGUGCGCCUUUCGGGGAGUGAAGUCAAACUGUUGGAAGGUUACAGCGCCUGCUGUGGCUGUAGAGACCGAUACGGGAGAGACAUGUUUUGUUGCAGCUGGACCAGUUGAAAGCAUCCGGUUUUGCUGCUACAAGUGCACCAUGGUGUUUCUUCCUUCUGUGCUCCUCCCAGCAGUCAUUCCUCCUCUAGUCACUGCUUAUGGAUACACAACCUGACUAUCUCCAGGAACUUGGUUGUCUGUAAGGGAUUUGCAGACUGCAGGGUUGAAGUUGCCAGCCUUCCUGUCACGUUUGCAGACAUCUUUGUAACACAGAGUAUUAUUAAAAAUAUAUAAACACUUUUUUAAAAAUGCAGUACAAAUCUCUAAUCACCAGCUGCUGCUAUAAACAAGUCUGAGUAAAAAAACAAUUUUGCAUUGCUGCUGGACUCUCACAAGGUUCAGGCCCUAACAGGCUUCUUGGUGUGUGUGUUUUAUCCUGGGAACUAUCGCUGCUUUUGAUGCUGUUGAUAUACAGAUUAGGGGCAGUCAAGGAAAGCAAGUUUCCCCCCAGGUCUCAAUGACCACAGUGGAACAAUAGUGGGAGGAGUAGAUACCUCUCUGAUAGCUCACUGAUGUGGCACCAAUUCAUGGUAAGAGAAGUGUUAUCUUGAAGUUGUUCCAAAAAAAUACCGGCAUGGUACAGACAGCAACUUGGGGAGUAUUUAGACCAGGGAAAUAGCACGGAAGGAAAUGGUUGAACACAUCCUCUGUUUGUCCUGCUUCUUCUGUCCAAUUUUCCUUCCCUCCCCACUGCCCUAUAGCUGCUUUUAAGUUAACAUAAAUAUGUUGGGAGAUCCAGUUGCAGAUCUCCUGCAUAGUAAGUAGUUUAGCUUGGAUAAUGUCUAGCUUUUAUGACUUGGCAAUGGGGGAAUUUGGCUUUAUCAAAUCUAUGUAGUGUACCUUUUGGCAACUUGCCCCUGUGCAACCCUUUUUUCCUUUGAGCUAAAGAUACCCAGCUUCUUCGAUCUUCUACCACAUGACUUGGCAUCCUGGAGACACUCAUUUUUUGUCACUCUCCUCUGAAAACCUUCUGACUGGUCAGCACCCUCUCUGAACCGUGUGGCAGAUGCAGAACUGGAGACAGUGCUGCAAAUGAAAUAGCCUUGCUGUGAAGAGUAGUCCAGUUGUUGUUUCUUGGGGUUUUUGUGUGAUGCUCCUGUUAAAUGCACCAUUGUUGUAUAAUGUUUCAUGUUUGGCCUGAUCUGCACAGAGAAUGUCUUUGGAUGGUUUGCUUAUGUUGCCUUAGCUGCGAAAACAGUUGCUGCAUGACAGUGGGAGCCAUGUGAAGAUCCAUUUGUCCAUAGAAUCCAACCGUUUGGUGAAUUAAAACAUGGCUUGGCAGUUCUAGAUUUCCAGUUGGCAGUGACUGAGGAUGGGGGAGAAAUAGACUAUCAUAUUUUUCUGCUAUAUAUUAAAACAGCACUGUUUCAUACAAUGUGUAGGUCAUACAAUGAACUAACAUAACGCUAGUCAAACUGGGGAGCUAGAAUGGAUGCAGUACUGUGCAAGUAACAUCUAAAAUCAAAGUUGAUUCUCCAUGUGAAAUGCAUGUCAAUAUGUACACAGGCAUCACCCCCACACAUUUUAGAUACAUUGCAUGCUAUACCAUGUUCAUUAAUCUCUCUGCUGUGCUAAUAUUCCAACUUUAUUCCAUAAGUCUCAAGGCAGUAUACAUAGUAUUCCCAGGCAGUCUCUCAUCCAGGCAAUGAACAGAUCCAGACCUGCUUAGCUUCAGCAAGGUAUCAUGUGCUUUCAAGAAGGUGCAUUGCUGAAGUCAACCCUGAGCCAUGCUUUACCCUUUCUGCUCUAGUUAGACUUCCUCCCUUCUCCAAAUUCCCUGUCAUUGCUUUAGGAAUAAUAGCAAGUUGCCUUAUACCAGGUCAGGUUAUUUGCCCAGCUCUUUUCCACUAUUGUCUGGUUCCAGGCUAGCCAAUGCUGUCUAGAUGUUGUUGGAUGACAGCUCCCAUCACCUCUGAUUGUUGGCUGUGCAGCCUACAGCAGAUGGGAACUCAGAGUCCCAACAAUAUCUACUUGGCUACCCUUGGGCUCUACUUUGAAAAGGGCCAUCAAAAUGGUUAAGGGAAUGCAGCAACUCGCCCUAUACGAAAAGCUUGCAGUGUUCGGGAUUUUAUAGUUUUAGAGAAAAGGUGAGUAAGAAGUGAUGUGACAUAAGCUUAAAAAAUUACAUAGGGCAUGGAGAACGUGGAAAGAUCAAUAUUUUCCUCUCUGUCUCAGAACAUCAGUACUAAGAGAUGUCCAUUGAAGCUGAAUGUUGGAAGACUCAGAACAGAUAAAAUAAAACACUUCUUCAUGUGGUAUAUAGUUAAACUAUGGAACCUGCUCCCACAGGAGGCAGUGAUUACCAUCAACCUAGAGGGCUUUAUAAGACAAUUAGGUAAAUUCAUGGAGGUGAGGGCUAUCAAUGGCUACUAGCCAUUGUGACUAUGUUCUGCUGCCACAGUUCGAGGCAGCGAUGCUUCUGAAUACAAGUUGCAGGAGGAAGAGAGUGCUCUUUUGCUCAGGUCUUCUUGUGGCUAUUGAGAACAGGAUGCUGAACUAGACGGGUCAUUGGCCUGAUCCAGCAGGCUCCUCUUAUAUUAGGUUAUUAACAUCUGUUGUUAAUUUUUCAAUAUUGAUAUUACUUCCAAGUUCUUUCACAACAGUUGUCUCUGCCUGUUUGAAGAAGAAAUUCUUGAGGAUCUUUUCAAGAGUCAUACAAAGAUCUUCCUUAUGUUCUUAUGAUGUUUGUCAGCAGGUCUCCAAAGUCUCAGGGACAGAUAAAUCUUUCCCAUCACCUGCUGCUAGAUAAUCUUUUAACUGGAAAUGCUGGGGAUUGGACUUGUGACCUUCUGCAUGUAAAACUGAGGUUUCACCUCUGAGCUGUUGCCUGUGUGUUUUUUUAAAGAAAAGCCUGAGCAUUUGUUGACGGACUGAUUCUCAGUGUAAACAAAAGUGUAUGGAUGCAUAAAUAACUAAACCACCCUUGCACAUGGAAAACUAGCAUUUUAGGGAGCAGGUUAGAGUGUUCAACUUUAGCCUAGGGAGACCUGGGUUCAAAUUCCCUCUCCUCCACAAAGCUUAGUUGGUAAUCUUGGUCUUAGUCACUAGCUCCUAAUCUAACCUACCUCACAGGGCUGUUUUGUGGAUAAAAGGGGUGGCAACCAUGUAUGUUGCUCUUGGAUCCUUGGUGGAAAGACGGGAUGCAGGUUGACCAUCCAUAGUAAGAAGAACCAGGCCCUUAAGUAGCACAUAUCAAACUGGUUACAGUACUAGGCACAGAAGUUCUGCCCACCUUCUUCUUCCUUUCUUCUGUUGCAGAAUCAAGUAAAGCAUACCUAGGUUUCUGCAUGACCUUCAGGCCAGGAAAGUGGCUUUUAAAAUGAACUAAUGACUUGGAAGGGGACACGGGUGGCGUUGUGGUCUAAACCACAGAGCCUAGGGCUUGCCAAUCAGAAGUUCAGCGGUUUGAAUCCCCGCGACGGGGUGAGCUCCCGUUGCUCGGUCCCUGCUCCUCCCAACCUAGCAGUUCGAAAGCAUGUCAAAGUGCAAGUAGAUUAAUAGGUACUGCUCUGGCGGGAAGGUAAAUGGCGUGCUCUGGUUCACCAGAAGUGGCUUAGUCAUGGUAGCCACAUGACCCGGAAGCUGUACGCCAGCUCCCUCAGCCAAUAAAGCGAGAUGAGCAGCGCAACCUUAGAGUCGUCCAUGACUGGACCUAAUGAUCAAGGGUCCCUUUACCUUUACCUUUUUAAUGACUUGGAAAUGAAUAGUCUUGUUAAUGUUUAAAUAUUUUAAUGCACUGCUUUGCAUUUGACUGCUUUGUAUUAUAAUGAAACCCUUGAUGAUGGGAGAAGCUGUUUGUUCCUUUCCAAGGUUUCCAUCUUUUGCUGUUUUGCCAGAGCUGCAGAGCAUUUCCUGAACUGGGAGCAGCAAGACCUGCAUCUGUUUGUUGGAUUUACACCUGAGUCAGGUGACCUGACCAUUCACAUACUGGAGAGAUGGCAGCCAUUGCCUUUGCUUCUUGAAUCUUUUUUUGGGGGGGUGGGACUAUGUGUUUACAAGGCAAUGCAAAUGAAGCACCAUCUUUGAAAAUCAAAAGCAGCCUUGCUCUUUUCUCCUUCCUUGAAAAAAAGCUGCUGUUUGUUUAAAUACCCACCUAGUGAAACUGCACUAGGGUAGCACUUUUGAGUGGUAAAUGGCAACAGAGAAAGAAUAAAGCACUAUCUUUUGCUGCUGUGCCUCCUCUCAUAAUAGUCACCAAGGCUGCUUUUGGGUUGUUUGGUUUUUUUAAAACUGCCGCUAAGAUUUGUGUAAUGAAAAGAAAUCUCUAGACCAGCUGUCAGCUUUGGAUACGCAGCAAAAGUCCUCGGGCUUUGCUUGCAAAAAAGCAGCAAGAGCUGGCUGCUGCUGCUGUUAUAAUUCCUUCCUAUGGCAAACUUGGAUGGUGAAUGCCAUUAGAAACUGGGGUCCAAAUGAGAAAUAAGGCGGUGGUAUUAGCAUAGUCAAGGAAACGCCAAGAUUUGCAGAAGUUCAAGAAAACUAACAGAAUGAAACAAAAACGCGAACGGUCCCAAACCCUCAAAAUACACCCACAGAGAAGAUAGAUCAUGUUCAUUUAUUACGGAGUACUGGUUGGUGGUUGGAAAGAAAAUAAGAAAAUGGAGAAGUCAUUGGGGAGAGGAAUGCCCUGUUUGGAGUGAAUGGCUGGCUUGAACCUUGAACAGGGCACUCCUGCAAAAAUCCCCCUUCCCUUCUUUUGUGCAGUGAAAGUGCUGUAUAAAUACUAAAGUUUGCCUUGCCUACUCGCCUCUGUGAGUAAAAAUAUGAGGAGAAUUCAGCAUCACUCCUCCCUAAAUGUUCUGUUGGCAGAAGCAUUUCAACUUGCCCGAUGGAAUGGGACCUUCCCUCACGUGCUGUUCUAGGGGUUCUCCCAACCCCAACUUGAGGGAGGUCGGGGGGAAGCCCCAUUGCACUAGCUGAAGUCCUUAUGUGGGCUUCUGCUAAUGGGACUGAUCAGUUCAAUAGCUCAUUGGAUGCCACCAUUUCAGUCUUUUCCACCUCUCCACUGUACCUGUGUAGUGAGUCACCAAGGCACUGAUUGUCCAGAAGCUUUGAUAGAGACCUCCUCGUCUGUUCUUACCCUAGGGUUUCCCUGGGAUAGGGAACUUGUGGCUCUCCAGAAAAAUUGUGGACUAUGACUCACAGCCCCCCUAACCAGUGGGCCAUACUGGAUCUAAUGGGGAUCCAAUGAGAUCUGGAGGGUCACUGAAGCCCCAUCUCUAUCCUAGACAUAGCAGGGUAUCUCAGACCAUCUGGACCCUUGGUCACUUCCUCAGUAGCUACUAUUUUGCUGCUGCUGCUGAAUUCUGCUGAGCUGGCCUGUCUCUGACAUGCUUUGUUGCAUCUGGCAAGUUCUGGGAGUUGUCUGUGACAGCUGUAACCUCAUGCAGCUGUUUCCUCCCUUGAAAAAGAAAGCUGGGGGUGGGUGGGUUGGGCUCUGGCACAAUUGUGUACAAUACUUGAGUUUCAGGAAGCCCUGGGAAGAUAAUCCAAGUGCUUACAGCAUCAGCAUCACGUUUCUCGGCCUCUUGGCAGAAAAACAUAUUCCCUUCAGGUCCAACUUCCAAAAGGACAGUGUCAGAUCAAAGACUAAACUGUGCAGGAGAAAAACAACUGGUCUGUUUUGGGGGGAGGUCAUGAUGGGGGAAAUGGACUGGAUUGUGGUGAACCGGUUUGGAAUGCAUUUAGAUCACGGAUGGGAAUCGUCUUCUGUCCAAGGGCCACAUUUCAUUCUGGGCAGCCUCUCAGGGGCCGGAUACCAAUAGUGAGUGGGACCAGAGGCAAAAAUAGUGGAGCAGUGAAUGUAAAUCUCUACUGAGUUUCAAAACAUUUUAUUUCAGGAGGCCUUUGUACCUUGAAUGCUUUUCAGAUCUUUUUUUUUUUUACAUUUUAAAUUCUUGGGGCUUUACGUUUUGGAGUUUUAAUUUGUUUUUUUUUCAAUUUUGUGCAUUAUGUAUCUGAUUGCCCUAAGCCUCUUUGAAGAAGUGAAAAGUGAGAUACAGAUUUUAAAAUAAAAUAUAUAAAUAGAUAUCACUUUUGUACAUUAGGCUGAUUUGUACACAUACGCCUACACCCCUGUCUAUACCGGCAAACAACAGGCAUUUUCAGAGUUAAAAGGCACUUUCCGGACUACCAAAAUGCUCAUGGAGGUUGGUGUUGGGAAGGGUGUGCAGCCUGGAAAGAAUCUUGAGGACCAGAUAGAGAGAGCGGCAUUUGGAACCUUAUUCUCCACCUCUGAUUUAGAUGGCAAAGCACAGCACUUUGUAUGUUCCACAGAGACUCAUCCUUAUACUUGCCAGAGUGGCACAUGCUCUAAUUACCUCUUGCAUGGACUACUGCAGUGCACUGUAUGUGGAGCUACCUUUGAAAGUGACCCGGAAACUACAACUAAUCCAGAAUGCAGCAGCUAGGCUGGUGACUGGGAACGGCCGCCAGGACCAUAUCACACCGGUCCUAAAGGAUCUUCAUUGUACAUUUCCGAGCACAGUUCAAAGCGUUGGUGGUGCUGACCUUUAAAGCCCUAAACAGCCCUAUAUACCUGAAGGAGUGCCUCUACCCUCAUCAUUUAGCCUGGACAUUGAGGUUCAGCUCCGAGAGUCUUCUGGCAGUUCCCUCACUGCGAGAAGUGAAGUUAUAGGGAACCAGUGCAUUGGUGGGAAAACCUGUGGCCUGUCAGAUGUCAUUGGACUUCAACUCCCAUCAGUCCCAGCAUGCAUGGCCAGGAAUGAUGGGAGUUGUUCUACAACAACUGAAAGGCCACAGGCUCCCCAUUCCUGGUUUGUUUUGGCCUUCUCGGUAGUGGCACCCUCCCAUUAGAUGUCAAGGAAAUAAACAACUAUCUGACUUUUAGAAGACAUCUGAAGCCAACCCUAUUUAGGGAAUUUUUUUCAAACAAACAAACAAACAAACAAACAAACAAACAAACAGUUUAAUGUGUUGUUUUUUUUAAAAAAAAAAUUAUGUCAGAAGCUGCCCAGAGUUGGCGGGUUGUGUGUGCUCUUUUGUCAUGGUGAGCAGCUGUUACCCCAGCAAACACACUAGAGUUUUGAUGCCCUGAUCACCAGGCAUCUGCUGCAAGCAUGCCAGGGAUUCAUUCAUUCUUCAAAAGUGAGGCAAAGUUUAAGCUUGUCCGUGCUGUUGAUCAAGAGCCAGAAGGUUACAACCUAGAAUUGCUUCCCAAGAAUUUCAAGCCAAGGAGUUAGAACUGUUUAUUGCUCAGGCAAAGUCCUAGCCUGACCCAGAAGGCUUCUACAGUAUGUCAGGGGAGUCUGAUGGCUGACUAGGGUGGGUGGAGACACUUCAGAGCCCAGAAACCCUUCUCUGGUGGGAGCCCUUGAUGAGGGCUGGCUGCUGCUUCACAGGUGCCUAAUUUCCCUGGCAAUAGCAGCCAGGUCUGAGAAUCUGCCCACCAUUCCCACAGUCCCUCAGAGCGUUGCUGCGUGACCACCUCUGGGUCAUUGUGGGAAAUUCAAAAUGGAGGGUGGUUUCCCUGCUGCUAUUCUGGGAAGAUGCUUGGGUUUCUGCUGCUGCUGCUGCUGCUGAGGUUGCUGACCCUCAAGGAUAAGCUUUGUUGUCCACAAAUCCCCAAGUUCCUGCUUCUAGCCCUCAUUUCUCCUGAUUACAUCCGGAUUAUCUUCGGGACAAGGCACUGUUUAGCCAAAAAAGCAAAGGUUGGGGACAUGAGCUUAUCCAAUCAAUGCAAAAUACUUAACUAACUGAGGUUCUGCCCCCCUCCUAGCCUAAAGCCUGCAGCCCCCAACAUAAAUCCUGGCUGCGCCGAUGGUUGGGGGAAAGACUGUGUAGGGGGUGGGGACAUCUUGACUAGGCCAACCUUUGAGCCUAAUGGCCUGGAAUGUGCUGCACUCUGGGGAAAUCUUUGCUGAGCCCAGAGGUCUGGCACUGAACUGUGUGACAGGCUGCUUCAAGGAAGGAAGAACAGAUAAGAGAUGACUCUAGGCUGAGUCAGCUCCCCUGACGGGCACUUUGAACCCAGGCCAGGGUUGCCACCAGCAACUUCGCUGAGGCAAAGGGAAAGGACAUAAGAAGAGUCUGCUGGAUCAGACCAAAGACCCAGCUAGUCCAGCAUCCUGUUCUCACAUAACCAACUAUUCCAUCUUCUUCAGCGCUGUAUACCCAGAGGAUCUCUGUUCCCUUCUAGAUCAGUCCAAAGGCCCACUGCUGCACAAUUGUCCAUGGGUGUGGUUUUGGUAUGAAUGUUGUUUCCUUUAGACCAGGGGUACCCAAUGUGACGUCCUCCAGAUGUGGUUGGACUCCAGUUCCCAUCAGCCCCAGCUAGCGUGACCAGUAGUCAGGAAUGAUGGGAGUUGGAGUCCAAGAACAGCUGGAAGGAAGCACAUUGACUUACCCCUGCUUUAGGCUAUGUUUGCAGGUGUUUAAUCACUACUGGUACGAAGCACUUAAGAAUCACCUUCCCCUAGGCUAGCAACGGUUUCUGUGUGGAUGAGCAGAGCCUCCUAAAUGAAGUGGUAAAACCCAUAGGCUAAUAUCUAACCAGGAACAUCUGGGUUUGUUUGCAUUAGCUUGGAGAGGCACAGAUUGGAAGGUCGUGGUUCUUCAGCUAUCUCCAGAGGAAUGGUAGAAAACACGAGCUGAACACGCAGUGAGAUGUAUGCCAAUAGCACUGGGCAGGGGUAGGCCAAGGGGGCUAAUGAGGUGUGCUGCAAACUGAACCUGGUGAGGUUAGCUCAGAAAUAGUAAAUGGGUGAGAGUAUUGUAUUGGUCAGAGAAGUCACUGAGUGUGUAUGUAUUCAUCCAAAUUGGACAGGAGGUAGGAAAUCUGUCUUUGUUAUUGGAAUAAGUUGACUCUUUAAUGUGAAUAAGACCUGAAGUUGGUUUGAGCUAAAUCUGGGGUCUUCAAUGUUUACCUCGCCUGGGCCGGUUCACUCCAGCGGAGAUCUCUCCGUGGGCUGGAUUGCGUGUGCACAUGAGCGCAUGUGCCUGCGAUUUCCAGCGCCUGCGUCUGCGCAGACACGAUUUCUGGUGCCCCGGAAGUGAUUCCAUGCACUGCACUGGUUUAGUGCAGCAUGCGGGGACUUGCUGAGCGAGCGGCUCGUGGGCCAGUUAAACGACCCCUGGGCACUGCUUGUGGCCCAUGGACUUUAGGUUGCUGACCCCUGAGCUAAAUGUUCAGUGAUUGUAAGGGUUGCAGCAGACUCUAAUGAGCCUUAGUAAGUGGUGGACUGUCAGUAGCAACUGAUGUUAUAAUUAGACGGAGCCUCCAUUCUCCGAGGCAGUAUAACUUUGGUUUCUUAGAGCAGUGGUUCCCAAUUGCAGUGGUCCCCAGGGGGUCCACGUAACCCACCCAGAGUCUCUGGCAACAUUCACAUAACAAAAACUACCAUAGAAAUAGCAACAUUUUCAAAAGUAGGGGGCCCAUGGCUUGGCUUUUGAAAGUCAAGGGGUCCACAGUACUUAGCUAAUUGGGAACCACUCCCUUAGAGGACAGAUGUGCAACCUGCUUACCAGGCCCCCAUCUGUUGUGUCACCCUCCAACCCCAGAGAGAGGAAGAGAGAAUAUGAAUGGAUGGCAAAUGAAUAAAGGUGAGAGAAAGAAGGGGUGAUCCACAAUUUUGCUUCGACCCUUCUCACUCCCACCAAUAUGUAGAAACACAUCCUGUAGAAUUCCAUCCAUGAUAUUUUAUCUGCACCAUCAGAAUGAAUUUCAGGAACUAAAAAGUCAUACUGAAAAAAAUGACUUUUGAGCCAUCUGGUCAAAAAGUGCAACUAAGCAUUUCGUUUUGGUGACUAACCCUGGUUUAAGGAGCCAUUUGGCACCUAGCUUACAUAUCUGAGUUUCUAACACCACCCCCAACUAUUUGCCUCCAAGGGAUGUGGCCCUUGAUCUUUCCAAAAGAUUACCCAUCCUUGCUUUAGAAGCCGGGGUUGGUGUAGAUGGGUUUACUCUUAUCUCUUGAGAGGAUGGUGCCAUUUUAGCAGAAGUGGGUAGGGGAGGAGGAGACUUUGUCCCCAGUUCCCCCAACAGUCUAGUACCAGCCUAAUGAACUAAACAUAUCCACCUUUCCACCCUGACAUUGAGAUGGAAAAUAGUCAGUGCUGUUUAUAUAUGCUCAGUUGCUUGAAACCAGCUUAUAGUCUAGAAGAGAUAAGACCUUUCCAGGGACUGUUAAUAUGUUUUUGUUGGGCUUUUGUUCUUUAACAGGCUUUAAUCAUCAAUCCAUUGCCUCCUUUGUCUGCUUCUGGAAGAUAAGAGCAAGAGCAAGGGCUAAACUAUGUGAAAGGACUCUGGUUAGGGGGUAUCCUUCAAAAUGUGGCUUUGUGCAUGGGUGAGCUUGGGCUGCUGUUACUGGAAUGAAGCAGAAUAUAUGUUUGUCAUCCAGUCUUUUGAAGUUGUCGCUUUUUUUACCCUAAAAACAGCCAUUCUGAGGUUGACCAGAUCUCUGGUUCGUGGUUUGUGUGUGUUAACUCUUCUUCUCCUGGGACUUGCAAGACUCUGGUGACAACUGAGAGUGUAGUGUUUGAAAGCUGGUUCAAGUGCAGGCCUGUUUUUCUUGAGAGAAGGUUCGGUGCCAGACCAGUGCACAAUCUGCAGUACUAUCCAAGUUAAGGCAGUGUGAUUGGAGUCCAGAAUUCAGCAUCUGAGAAGCUGAGAUUUCCUCCCCCUCCUCCUUUUCUUUCAUUACACACAACAAGAUUCUAUCUUAUGUAUGUAAAUUGCAAUCAUAGGUUUGAUGAUGUGUGGGCAAUUGCUGGCAAAGCCUCAAAAGCUGUAGGAGCUUUUGGAACGGUUGGUUGUUGAACAUUAAUGCUGACGUGUUUGUACAAAACUUGCACAGAGGUCAUAUAAUGCUGCCUGUUUGUUGAGCAUUUAUCCUGGUAGGUUCAUGCAGAGGCUUAGAAUGAUGUUGCCAGCAUCUGGUUGUUAUUCCACACUUUCCAGUGUGCCAUUUCCCUUCGCCUUUCUUACCAGACUUUUUGUAAUUAGAAAAUGUGAAGGCAUAAUUGUGCUAGAAAGUGGAGGUGAGCAACUACAUUUUUUUUUGUUAAUAAGCAGCCCAUCUGCAAGUAGCCCCCAUCCUGUCUGUAAAAGAACAACAUUUAAUGUGGGUUGGGUGGGUGGGGGGUAGAGCUUAAGUGCAUAUGUUUUCAAAGCACUGGUUGCAACUGGACACAAGUCAAACUUAAUCCCUUUUGUAAGUGCACCUCAGCUUUUAGCUGACAAUUCCCCCCAGCCCCGCACCAGCAAAGUGUAAGAGCACAGGAGUGUAUAGUUCUUGGACAACCAGAACCCCAUGUUCCCCAAAGGCUUCUUACUCAACUUAAAGAUAAAAUCAAGCAAAUGAAAUGAAACGGAUCAGUCGUUCCUAAACUUUUUCAUCCAUAGAGUCUUUGAAAAUUGCUGGGGCAUGGUGGAGCUGGCUGGUUUGCUCAGACUGCCUGAUAGCCCAGCUAGGACGGUACCAUCCAUGCAGUUGUAGGCUUGUUCCCAUGUUACACUGGGCACAGGUACAGGAUGUCUCCACACAUGUACAAAUGCUUGUGUGAAAGAGUGCACACUUGUCAGUUUGUACAGCUCAGCUGCUAUGUACACAGCCUGCUAUGUACACUUGUAGAACAUUACAUGUUAAUAACUGCACAACUGUACAGCUAAAUUAUUUUAGUAUGCAGGUACACAUGUUGUAGACUGGUUGAAUAUAACAUGUGAACAACCACUAGAGCAGUAACAAUUUCAUGGGAAGGAAAGCUGUUUUGCUUCUGGAUUAAGUAUGAAGAAAAUAAAUGUUUCUUCUGCACCAUCUUCAUUGUUAAAACUAGCUCAAUAUUAUUAAAAUCAUGGACUCCAGCCAGGGACUUGCUAGUGUUUUCGAUAAUCGGGCCCUAAAAGGACCUCAAUCUCUGGCAGGAAAAGAAAAGCGUAAAGGCAAGUAUGGAUAUUCUACCCUGUUCUGUGACAGUUUCUGUGAACCACCUGAGUCUCAGAACCGCUGAAACAGAUUGUUCUAAAAAGAACUGGUCUUAAAUUUGGGCUCUCUUCUGUCUUGGCAGAGUUGGUCAUGCAUAGAAAGUGCACUCCUGAUAUUUUUGCUGAAUAUAAGAUGAGGAAAUAAGCAUUCCUUGGUGCAAGAUUUUGACUUAUUCAUUCAUGUUAGCCAAGAGUAUAUGACAGCCAUGAUUGUGGCCAAUUUGACUUGUCAUCCCAUGGCUGCAAUGUUUUCAGAAACAGCUGAGUGCAUUGAAGGUGACCGUCUUCAAUCACUAAAGGCUAGAAGAGAGAGAACAUGUAUCAGCUAGGCAGCCAAAACAUAAAUCCAUGCUGUGUUAGGGACCCAGCAGCUGUCAUCAUGAGCACGAUAUUGACUCAGGGAUAGGAGCAGGGAAUGGAUGGCUGAGUUUAAUACUUCUUGAGCUAAAGUUUCCAGUUUGGUGUGGCUUCUGGGAGACCAGGAUACAGCAGGGCCUGGGUACUGCUCCUAAACUUGGGGGUUUGUUUUGUUUUGCCUUUACAGGCAGUUCCAUCCUCAAUGAAUGCAGUGUCCGAGGAUAUUUACUCCAAUGGCUCAGCUAUGUUGGGCAGCCCAGCCCACACAAAUGGCCGGGAGAUACGGAAAAUGAGGUUCAUCCAGUUUGAAAAGGUCGCGGAGGAGCCCAUGGUGAGCUGGUGAAGCUAGAGUGCUUCAAGUCCUUGUGGUUGUAGGCAGUGGGGUGGUGGUGGUGGAAUAUUUCUCUUGCUCCUGGGCAAACUCCUGGGCCCACACCAGCGGUUCUCAACCUGUGGGUCCCCAGAUGCUGUUGGACUACAACUCCCGUCAUCCCUGAGCUCUGGCCUUGCUAACUAGGGGUGAUGGGAGUUGUAGUUCAACAACAUCUGGGGACCCACAGGUUGAGAAAGGCUGGCCUAGACGGACAGAGGUGGAAGGCUUUAAUGGGCUCGAAGCUUCUGGCUGUGUGCAGCUUGGCUGAAGUUGAGAUUUCCUCUUCACUUGAGAGAUGUUCUGUCCCUAACUCUCUUGUAGCCAUGGAAGGAGCCUCCAGGAGCAAGACCUAAGACAUGGGGAACGUGUGGCCCUCUGGAUGUAGCUGGAUUACAGCUCCCAUCGUGCCUGACUAUUGGCCAUACUGGCUGGAGCUGUUGGGAGUUGGAGUCCAGCAACAUUUGGGGGGCUACAGGUUUCCCCAUUCUUGUCCUAGAAGCAGUUCCAGUUCCCAUUUUUCGGAAUUACCCCCAGUGCCUCCCCAGUGAGUCUAGGUCCUCGUUGCUGCCAUCUGCAGCUCCUCCUCCUCCUCUAACCUUAUUAUUGCUACUGCCAGCCAAUUGUAGAAUUGUAGAGUUGGAAGGGACCAUGAGGUCCAUCUAACCCAACACCCUGCAAUGCAGGAUUCUUUUGCCCAACUUGGGGCUCAAACCCACGGAAAUUAAGAGUUUCACACUCUAGCAACUGACCUAUACGGCAGCUAUCAACAAGCAGGCAGUGGCAUCAACUGACCCUUCUUGUCAUCUGCUCCAUUGCUGUCUGGGACAGAGUGAGGCUGCCCCUUGGUCCAUCUAAUUACACUGACUUACAGCACCUCUCCAGGCUUUCAGGCAGGGGACAUUCCCAGUCUUAUCUAGAGAUACCAGGAAUAGAACCUGGGGCCUUUUGCAUGCAAAACAGAUGUUCUACUACUGAGCUGGGACCCAUUCUCUGUGAAAGGCAGAUGAGCAAGCAGGUUGCAGCGGUGAAGAGGAUGAGCCAGGCUCAGAGUAUUCUGGUCAGCUGCAUGGAUCCCCUGCUGGGAUGUGGGGCCCUUGGCAGAUCCCAAUCCUUGCCAACCCUUUGUGCAAGUUCUGACCUGGAAAGCGAAGUGUUAGCUGGCAGCUGUUACGUACAAGGGAAAUGAACAGAGAUUGAGUUUGGCUAGGAGUCUCCCCUCCUGGAUUCAUCUCCUGGGGCUGCCUCUGGUACAGAGAUAGGCCAGGAGGAGCCUCUGCAGAGAAGCAGAGUCUUCACACUGUAGCUUUGAUCCAGAUUGUCACAGGCUUUCUGUUCCAGGGUAUCACGCUGAAGCUGAAUGAGAAGAAGAGCUGUAUGGUGGCCAGAAUCCUCCAUGGAGGCAUGAUCCACAGGCAAGGUAAAGAGCAGUAGCAGGCCUGGAAAUAUAUAUUUUUUAAUCCCUAGGAACCAGCGCCAAUGGAAGCUGAUGUCUAUUGGGCAGAAAGGAAGGAGACCCAACAGUUGGCAGAGCCUGAGCCCAAUUCUACUUUUGGAGCCAACCAGUUCUACUUUUUGUGUCUCUCCUCCUACCUCCUGAGUUCUGCAGGCCAAGCCCACUUAUUUAUUUUAUUUAUUUAUUGAAUUUUAUAUACCUACUGCCCUAUACCCAGAGGUCUCAGGAUGGUUCACAGAACAAAAUCAAAAAUAAAACCACAAAAUGUAUAUAGUAGUACCUUGGAAGUUGAACAACUUAGUUCCCAAACGUUAUGGCUCCUGAACAUCACAAACCCAGAAGUGACUUUUCCAGUGUGCAAACUAUUUUUGGAAGCUGAGCAUCCAAUGGGGCUUCCGUUGCUUCCGAUUGGCUGCAGGAGCUUCCUGCAGCCAAUCAGAAGCCGCGCUUUGGUUUUUGAACGUUAUGGAAGUCGAACGGACUUCCUGAACGGAUUCCGUUUGGCUUCCAAGAUAUGACUAUAAUCAAAAUAAAAGCAACCACCCAAUAACUUCUUGGGUGACAGUCCUGUCAUUUCCUCCUCCAGCUCCUGGUUUCCAUAGACGCUUGGAUUUUUUUUUUGUCCCUGUCCAAGAAUAUGGUGAGAUUUUACACUGCAUGGAAAGGCAAAUUCUUCCUUUCCCCACUAGAUGGAAUGGAGAGUUUCCCUUCUGCCUUUAGAAUAGAGAUGGUUUAGUGAUGGGGGAAGAGAUGGAGAUCAGAGUAGAUCUCUCUUCCUUGUACCAGAGAGCAAGGAGUUUAGGCCAGUGGUGGGCCCUCUGCCUGGUGCUGCUGUUCAUUGCUGGACAUUUCUCCCUCCAUCACCAGUCUCUCAGCUGCCAGGCCUCUGGUCGUGUUGCACUGGUGAGCAAUGGCAGUGGUUUUGAAUGGGACCCAAGCCAGUGCCUGGCUUUGAUAUGCCACCCGCCAUGUUAGAUUACAAGGUCAGGCAUUGCAUUUUGCUUAUGGUGGGCAGGGGCGCCAGCUCCUGGGAUCCGAGCCCUUUUGGGGCCCCCAGUCAGAGGGUGGAGGCGGCCAAGCGCUGUGCCAAGUGCAGAGUGGCUUCAGUGACUGGCUCCUCCUCCUCCUCCUCCUCCUCCUGCUGCUGCUAUGGAGUGGCAGAAGGGUCAAAGCAGCCCCUGCCAUUGACAGCAGCAGAAGGAGAAGGCAGUGGCCAUUGAAGCUGUGCUGCUGUCGCAUUCAGCUUCACUGAUGUUGCACAUGUGACAUUGGCCUCUCUGUGAUGGUGGCACCUGUGAUGGUGGGCUUGGCUCUCAUUCAGAAGGCUUGCUAGCGCCCAGGUGAGUGACUACUAGAAGCAGCAUGGGUUGGCAGGAUGAGGCCAGUCAGCGAUGAGGCCUUCUGAGUCCUAGAGCCCUUGCGAAGUCCCUGGCCGUGCCUGCUUGAAAGGAGCCACCCUUCCCUCCUGUCCAAAACAGCUGUUAACUCUCUAAGGAAGAACCUAGGAAGUGAGCUCCUUUUGCAUGAAUAGCAGCAAUAGCUCAAGUAGUGGGUUCACAGUGUGUUUUUAUAAAAGCAAACCCAAUUCUGAAGCAUUUCAGGCGUAUUCACUCAUGCGAAUUCAUAGUUUAGUUUUUUUCAGUUCAAUAAUGCGAGUCCCACAAGUAGCAUGUUUAAACUGCUGCUAGUGAUGUGCUUUUUAAAAAAAAAAUCAUUUUCAUUUUUACUACAAUCUAGUAAAAGUGUAGCCUUUGCCUAGUCCCAGGAGUUGCCAGUGUGGUGCCUGUUUAUCAGUAGCUGUUGUCUUCUCUAGCUACUAUUAAGACUCUUGUCUGUUGCUGUUGGCACUGCCUUGCUUCAUGAGGUUCAUGUCUCCUACUCUGCCAGGCUCCCUUCAUGUGGGGGAUGAGAUCCUAGAAAUCAAUGGGAAGAGUGUCGCCAACCAUUCUGUAGACCAGCUGCAGAAGAUACUGGUAGGUACCAGGGAUGGAGGGACCUGAGUUUUCUCUUUCAGGAGCAGCAAGCUGCUGUGAUUCUUCCUGACCUUUUAAAAGAUAAUUGAGCAUGAAUUAUUCCAAUCUGUAGGAGCCGGUGGACCUUAGGUUCCAUCCCCACACCUCUUUGUUUUAUCAUUUCUCCCAGCUCAGGAAAAACCAGCAGGAAGUUAAAUUGUUCUUGCUGGGAACCUCUCUUGACUUUGCCUUGAAAUCAGCAAGGUGUAGAAAAGGACUGGGCUCAUAUGAAAGCCAGAAGCAGGCUCGACUGGAAUAUCCUGGAGAAACCAAAAGCCGGCAGUAGCCCUAAUUCUUUACUGCAGAGAUGGGCAGGUAGUGGCCCUCUGGGUGUUAUUGGACUUGAAACUCCCAUCCAGUGUGGCCAGUGACCAGGGAUGAUUAAUUACUGUCUUGGUUUAAUGGGAUUUGUUUCAUUUCAUUGUGUACCUAUGGAUGUUUAUCUUUUAAUGUUUGUGUAACUGGUUUUUAUACUUUGUAAACUGCUUAGAAGCCUAGUUUGACAACAGGCAGUACAUAAUUGAUGAUAAUGAUCACUGUUAUGGAAGUUUUAUUCCAGAAACCUCUGGGCUGAUAUUAGUAGUUGUAGUCCAACAAGCAUGGGGAGAGUCAGAGGUUGCGCACCUCUUCUCUGUGGGCACAGAAUGCCUGGGCAUCUCUGCACUGAAAGCCAAGUAUAGAAAUUUAAGAUGGGAAAACUAGAAGUACCAUCAAGGAAGCACCAUCUCUCUGUCUCUUAUGCUUUUCACGGUUGCACUGAAGAGAGAACUUUAGCUGGUGCAGCUUUUCUCAGUUUUAGGAGACAGGUUGCAACUGCAGGAGCCCUGAGCUAUGCAAGAAGAGGUUGUGAUCUGCGUUGUGUGGUUGAUUUAGCAGAGGUUGAUUCUCUCCUUUUCCUUUGUCCAUCAGAAAGAAACUAAGGGAACCAUUUCCCUAAAGGUCAUUCCCAACCAGCAAAGCCGCAUUCCUGCCCUCCAGGUAGGUGGUAGUACUUCCACCUUCAAAGCAGUAGGUUGGUUGCAUGAGCUUAAAUUCUGUGCCUCUAAGCCAAAACUCUGCAUUGCAGAAAGGUGAAUUCCGCAGCUGGUAUGUAAAAUAGGUGCAUAUUCGUAUGUUUUUUUUCCUCAUUCUGCUUUUGCCCAAUCAUGGAGUGGGAGAAAGAAGGAUGUGGUGUCAGGAUCUGUGCCUGCCCAUUGGGAAUCCUAUGCAGUCUCCACCAUCCCUAUCCUAAUCCUUUGAUCAUCUCCACGCACUUAGGGCCACAUUCACACCAUACAUUCAAAGCUCUGUGAUGCCACUUCAAACAGUUUAUGGCUUCCCGUAAAGAAUCCUCGGUACUGUAAUGAUGAUGAUGAUGAUGAUGAUAAUAAUAAUAAUUUAUUACUUAUACCCCACCCAUCUGGCUGGGUUUCCCUAGCCACUCUGGGUGGCUUCCAACAGGAGGUUAAACAAACAUUAAAACAUCAGUCAUUAAAAAAACUUCCCUAAACAGGGCUGCCUUCAGAUGUCUUCUAAACGUCAGAUAGUUGUUUAUUCCUUUGACAUCUGAUGGGAGGGCAUUCCACAGGGUAGGAGCCACUACCCAGAAGGCCCUCUGCCUGGUUCCCUGUAACUUUGCCUCUCACAGUGAGGGAACCACCAGAAGGCCCUCGGUGCUGGACCUCAGUGUCCGGGCAGAAGGAUGGGGGUGGAGACGCUCCUUCAGGUAUACUGAGCCAAGGCCGUUUAGGGCUUUAAAGGUCAGCACCAACACUUUGAAUUGUGCUCAGAAACGUACUGGGUGCCAAUGUAGAUCCUUCAGGACCGGUGUUAUGUGGCCUCAGCGGCUGCUCCCAGUCACCAAUCUAGCUGCUGCAUUCUGGAUUAAUUGCAGUUUCCGGGUCACCUUCAAAGGUAGCUCCACAUAGAGCACUUUGCGGUAGUCCAAGUGGGAGAUAACCAGAGCAUGCACCACUCUGGCGAGGCAGUCCGCAGGCACAUAGGGUCUCAGCCUGCGUACCGGAUGGAGCUUGGUAGACAGCUGCCCUGGACAAAGAAUUAACCUGCACCUCCAUGGACAGCUGUGAGUCCAAAAUGUAGUGUGUUAAGGAUGCUGAGAGUUGUUGGGAGACCCUUGUUCCUCUCAGAGUGGUUUAACAAUCUAUCCCUCUUCCCAAGGAACUCUGGGAGUUGUUGGAUUAGAGAUCUCCUAACAACUCUCAAUGCGCUUAACAAACUACAGUUCCCAGGAUCCUGGGGUGGGGGGAGGAAGCUAUGGCUGUUUAAAGUGUAAAGGGGGAAUUUGGUAUGUGUAUGGAAAAUAAUUGAUCUAUCCCCCAAUUUGCUCCCAAGCUGCACCCACCUGCCUUAAUCCUGGUGUCAUCUGUUGCAUCCAGUGCUGGGCAGGUAAAGACUGGUGGGUGUUGUGCUACAAACCUCGGUGCCUUUGCCUGAUAUUGAACUGCGCAGGAGAAAGUGUCACCUGAUGUCAUGGUGGGUACAGCAAGAGGCAAAAGCGGCCAAGGCAACUGAUGUACAUAUUCCCUGUGUACAGUAGGGUGCUUUGUACACAAGCAAGCAAGAGGCAUUAAUCGAUGGACUUCUUUCACCCAGUCAAAAACACUCAAGGUGUGGAGCAAGGCCGAUGAGAGGUGUGCCUGGGAAGAGUCCCUAGGGGCAGACAGAGGUUGGAGGGUCGGAUUUGGCCUCUAGGCCUGAGGUUCCCCACACCUGCUUUGGAUAGCCAAGGUGGUGCCUUCCAGAUGUUGCUGAAUUUCAUCUCCCAUCAUCCCCUGACCAUUGUCCAUGAUGGGAGUUGUAGUCCAAAAACCGCAUUGUCAACCCCUGGCUUAAAGCUGCAGAAAGGUAUAGUCACCCAUAAUUUGCCUAGUAGUCCUUUUAGCCAGACAUGUGAGUGAGCAGAAGUUAACACCUGUCAUGGUAAUAUAGAUAGCCAGACAGUUCCCAAGUCAUCCUCUUUUGCUGGGCCAAACAGGAAAUAGAGGCUUAUGGCCUUCUGUGUGUGAGAGAGUGUGUGUUUGGGUGCCUGUUACCUUUGUGCUCAGGUAUGAUUGCCUAUCAGUUGCCCUCCAAAGCAGGAUCUUCUCCACUCUUUCAUGCUGUUUUGUCACCCGCUAACACUGUAUGGGAUGUGGGAUCGGUCAAGCUCUUCCUGAAGAAAUCAGCCCACUCGUGGUACUGUUGAGGCUGUGCAGCUGUUACCAAGACAACGUAGAGGCCUGUGCUGUGCUUCUGUUGCUAAGGCAAUGCAGAUGCCUGAAGUUGUUGGGCUGCUGUUUUCCUCCCUGGGCUGUUAAUUUCCCAGGGUCGGGGUAGUUGCAUUCCUUUGUUAAAGAAAAAUCCAGUGGCAAAAAUAGGAGACUUGUAGCACUUUAAAGUAUAAUAGUAUUUUAUUGUGCCGUAUUAAAUUCUCCAAUAAAUCUGUUAUAAGAUGCCAGGAAAUUCCUUCUCUGCACCAAUUCAGUUUUUUGAGGGGUGGGUGGGUUCAAGAAUGUGUCUCUAUUUUGCCAUUUUUGUACCCACUUGAUGCAGCACAGUUAUUUGAGUAGCCCUCGUGUGAAUUCCACCAGCUGCAGAACAUCCAGCCAGUCUCUUUUCUCCUCUCCUUCUGAGUUUGUCUAAUCUGAGGCAAUUAGACUGCUGUCCUAUUUUUAGUUCUCAUUCCUCAUUAAUUACUUCCAUAUGGCAACAGUGGUGUAUUCUUUGCUUUAAAAAUAAUAGUCAAAUUCUGCACCAAUAGAACCCACGUUUUAAGCAAAAGAAAACGAAAAGAACAAACUGAAUUUCUGCAUCUGGGAAAAUAAUUUGUAGAAAUUAGACAUGCUGUAUCUGUAUAUGGUUGCUCAUCUAUCCAUUAUCAAAAUCUGUUCUGUGCCUCUUAAAAUAUCAAAGGUAGUUUACACUAGGAAAAAAAAUGCAUGCAGCGGUCAUCAAAUAUACUUAUUGUGGUCUCCAUCUUUCGAGUGCUGGUCCUUAUGUAGCCAGCAGGGAACAAAUCCCCACCUCCCCCCGCCCCCCUCCCCAUUGUGGAUGACCUGUUGAUCAUUGGGACUUAAUGCCCUGCAUGAAAUGGAAGACUACCAGAAUAAAACUUACUCUGCUGCCCACCUUACAGUGAGCAGUGAUGGGGCCAGGCAGAUUUCUCUUGGAAAGCUGUUCCAAAUCUUGGACAGCACCACUGAAAAACCCCUGUUUGGAUGCCCACUUUCCAUAUCUCUUCUGACAGGGGGGCCCAAAGCAAGGCUCCAGAAGGCGAACAGAGUUUUUGGGCAGCAGGGUCACAUGCAGAAAGAUGACUCUGGAGUCACUUGUGCAAUUCUACUCUUCCUACUCGUAGGGAAGGGGAAGUUAGUACUCAAGCAGCCAAAGCCCCACCUUCUAACCACUGCUGAACCCUCUGCGGCGAUGAUGCUGGUUUCUGGGAUUUCACAAUAUGUUUCCCAUCCACUCCCAAGCUCACAAAAUGCAUUUUCUCUCACACUUCCCUCCGCCCUAUUUAACCAUUGCCUGGAAAGCAGAAACUCUGCAAGGGACACUUUUCCUUAGGCAUGGCGACCCAGUGCUGAGAGAAAUGCCCCUUCCUUAAUGUUCUCUUGCUCUGUAGCUGUUAAGAGGUGCAGCUGGCAACUUUCACUCUACAUGAGAUGGCCAGGACAAAGGAUGGUGGGGAAGAGGCCAAAGCAGCAAAUGAGACUAGUGUGCACUGAGUAAAGAAAGGUGCUGGGCUGGUGUGGAGAUUGCAGCCUGGGUCCCCUCUGCACUGUGAGGUCCAAGGGUUCUUCACCAACCCAUGCACUGAAGGAAGCCUGAGGAGGAACUGUAGCUCUGUGAGCAUAUACUUUCCCAGGCUUUAUCCCUGGCAUCUCAGUUUUAAAAGAUGUGCCAGGUAGCUGAUUACAGUGAGCAAUUCUUACCUGGAAAUGCCCUGGCCACAGUCCCAACCUGGAUCACUCCAUCCCUUUCUGCAGUCCCUUUUGUUUGCUUGCUUGCUUUGAAGAAACACAGAUGGACAAAGUGUCUAACCUGGCAGCUUUCUGUGUUUCCUAAAGUGUAAAGGUAACAUGAGAAGGAGGGCGGGGAGGAGUUUGAAAGAGAAUGGAAUUCCAGUCCUGGCAUUGCUGUUUUUCUAGGAAAAGAGGUGCCAGAACUCAGCAUGUAUGCCUCCCUUGUUCUCUUAUAAUGGCAAUGGCACCUACCUGAGAGGUGUUGGAACUGAGUGAGUUCUGGCUGAAAAAGGGUCCUGGGUGCUGGAAUAGAGAAGGCACAUAUUUGCACAACUAAAGCUGUGUUCAGAUGAUACAUUUUUCAGAGACAAGGCUCCAAUUGCAGCCCUGACAUUGCAAAUCUCUUAACCUUGCUUAAAUACAUUCAGGAGUGGGGCAUAAGCUUGCAUAAUCAUUCUUUUACUUUUCCUCCUCCCUUCUCUGGAGGAGUUUCCUCCCUCGCUUUCCAGUACCAACCACAGUUUAUGUUACACCUAUUAAUGCUGCAAGCCUUGGCCCACUCAAACAGAGGUUACCAUAUGAACCAGGUACUAUGCACAGGAUUCAACUUGUGCAAUGGGGCUUCCUCCCCUCUUCUCCUUCCAUGGAGCCCUGCUCUCUGCCAAACCCAACCCCAGAAACCCUGAACAGUGCACAGGUGGAGUAGAGGAGGGGUGUUCUGUCUGACAAGCCACAAUGCUUGCCCUAACGGAACCACCACCAUUGAAAUCUAUAGUUUGUGGUGGGUUUGCAAACCAGGGUUUUGAGGGAAUGUGGCUUUUGUUAACUGUGGCAUGUGCUGGUGUGCAUGCAAUGUGAGAUCAUGAUGAUGCAUAAAGAGCGAUCCCCAGCGAUAUUAAUUGGACUGAACUUUCAGCAUUUUUGCCUAUAGUUGUGGAAUUUGUGUUUAAUCCAGAGUUUAGCUGUAUUAAGGAAGUUCCUGAAAAUCCUGCAACAACGUAGCCCAUGAAGUAUGUCCUUUCAAGCGAAAAAUAAAAACAAAACCUUGUCUCUAAUUUUGAAGGUAUCCAAGAAUAGGCAUUUAGGUCAAGUGGACUCAUGUUCUGAUUCUGAGACGACAAAUUGCUCUCGGCAAAUGCUGAUGUUCUUGUUUUUCGUUUUACAAUUUUAGCCCAUAUAGGGAGGCUUUAAUACGCGGUUUUUUUCUGUUCCGGCUAAGCAGUUAAACACAAUAGUCCUUGUUCACCCCAGCAUGUAUUUCAUGUUUCACAAGGGAAGUCUUAAGACUUAAGAGGUCAGCUGUGUAUCCUGCUAACUUCAGAUAAUAAGCUGUCCAUCUAUUUGGCAGCAGCUUUCUCUUUACAAUGGGAUAAGCAGUGACUGUAUUGCAGAUCAGUAACAUCAUCAUCAUCAUCAUCAUUUACUGUAGACAGACUUAUAAACAAUUAUUAAAAUUUUGGCUGCCCUACAUCCCAGCCCUUCUUGCAUCCAGUUUAACCCCUUGCCUGCCUAAGCAGUGCUACCUCCUGCAAGUUGAAGGGUAUUUCCUGACUUAAAUCUUGAGCUCUGGUUAUCUCUUUCGCUACAGAUGUUCAUGAAAGCCCAGUUUGACUAUGACCCCCGGAAGGACAGCCUGAUUCCUUGCAAAGAAGCUGGGCUGAAGUUCCAAACAGGAGACAUCAUUGAGAUCAUCAACAAGGAUGACAGCAAUUGGUGGCAGGGCCGGGUGGAGGGCUCCUCCAAUGGAUCCGCAGGACUCAUCCCUUCCCUGGAGCUACAGGAGUGGUAUGUCCUUUGGAUGAGGCCCCUGCCUGCCUAGUGCCCCUCCCUUAUAGGUUCGCAGCUGGAUCUCUUCAGGCUCCUCCCAUCUUGUGAUAGGAUCUCUGGUGUUGCCUACAGCAGGCAUCUUCAACCUUUUCUGUCCCAGGACCCACUUUUAACCCAAACAUGCAUUGGGGGACCUAUUUACUUUUCCAUUCUUUUUGCUUGGUGGUAGUGCUCCUGUUGUGACCCACUAUACAAAGACCAGUGGCCUGCAGCAUCUUCAUAUUGGCAUUUGGGUUCCUUGCCCAAACUCUUAAUUCCACCCCUUUCCAGUUGUUGGUUGAGCCUGCCACCCCUUCCAGUUGUUGGUAGAGCCUGUCUUCAAUUUAGCAGAGUGCGCUGCAAAUCUCAGAGACAGAAAUAAUACUAUAGAUUUGUUGGCUUCAGAAGAGCUAUGGUGCUCCAAAGGCCAAAACAAGACCUCAAAUGUUUGAGGCAACCAAUGCAUCCCCAUUUUGACCUACGAAUCAUUACACUUACCUUUGGUGUUCCUGAAGAUCCAUGCCUCAGUUCUACAGAACAGAUGUGGGGAACCUUUUGCCCUCCAGAUGUUGCUGAGCUUCAGUUCUCAUCACCCUUGGCCUUUGUUUGCUUGGGCUAAUGGGAGUUGUAGUUCUUCCUGUUUGUCGAAUGCUUUCCCUGGGGAGGCUUGCCUGGCGCCUUCAUUCCAUAUGUUUAGGCACCAGGUGAAAACAUUUUUCUGUAACCAGGCUUUCAGCUGAUUAAACAUUCAGUGGUCUUUUAAAUUUGUUUGUGGCAUGGUGAUUAUUGGUUUCUUUUGUUUUAAUUUUAUUAUGGAAUUUGUAUCUUUGUGUUGUGAACUACCCUGUGAUCUUUGGAUGAAGGGCAGUAUAGAAAUUAAAUGAGGCAAUCAUCAUCACCGUCAUUCAGCAGCAUCUGAAGUGCCAAAGUUUCCCCACGUCUGCCAUAGAAAGUCCUCAAACUUGUUGUUCCUCUCCCCCCCCCCACUUUGAAGGACAGAGAUCAUUGCCUCGAUUAAGCCAUCAGUUUGAAGCACUGCUCCCAGGCUUUGGUCAGGGAAAGGAAAAGAGGAGGCCUGAUUUUAUUGCCACUUUCUUCUUGUUUCAAUAUACCUUUUCCCCUUUCCUGCAGGCGCGUUGCAAGCAUGCCCCAGGGCAACUCCAGCGGAACCCAAAGCUGUAGCCCUUUCGGAAAGAAGAAGAAAUGCAAAGACAAGUACCUGGCAAAGCACAGCUCAAGUGAGCACCUCCUUGUCCCCCUCCUCCUCCACUGUUGUCCCACAUUCCUUUUUCCUCUGCCUUCAGGGGUUGGGAGCUUCUAGUCGGUGGGUCAGAUUUGGCCCAGCACAGGUGUUAAUUCAGCCUGGGAGGCUGUUUUCCUCAGGGGGAAGAUCCAGGCUUCAAGUCACCACCCAUUGUUCAAGCCUUUUGAGCCGUGGUGAUUCAAAGAUCUUUGCAGGCCCUGCAUGGUGCUUUGAAGUCCUGACGUUCAUCUCCUGGUGUCAUUGUGAGGUGAUUGACAGGAUGUGGGGACCUUUGGGGCUCUGUGAAGGAUCUUAUUUUCUGUCUCUCUCUCUCUCCUAGUUUUUGAUCAGUUGGAUGUGGUGUCCUAUGAGGAGGUGGUGAGGCUGCCAGCUUUCAAGCGGAAGACACUGGUGCUUAUAGGUAUGAUACAGUGCAACCCACAGAGUACUGACUUGUCUCUAAAUGAUAAAGGAAUAAUGAAAUAUGCAGCAUGUAGUCACAGCUAUAUGUGCUCUUAUACCCAGCCACACUCCAGCAGCCAAUGGAUUUCAACCCAAGAGUUCUACUCAGAGUUCUACUCUGAGUAGACAUGGUAAAGUGAAUGGACAAAAAAGGAUUGUGGAGUGCAGAGAUCAGAGGCUAGAUAAGGUCAUUUAUAUUCUGGUUAAAGCUGGUCAGUGGUGUAGGUUUAAGAUGGUCAGAUAAGCGCAGGGAAUGGAUGAAUUAGUCUGUGUCUGGUCUAUGUUUCCUCUUUGUCAGUUUUUAAUGAGUGCACCUAUAAUGUUCUGUCCCAUUUCUGCAAAUGAUCUUGACAUAAAGAAGUGUAUGAAAAUGUUCAUUUAACUGUGUAUUUUGUGAUUACUCAUAAUUAAGAAUUAUCUCAAUGUACACAUUCCUUAACCCAUUACGCACAUGCACAUGUGCACAAACACAAAUUACAGUGGUGCCCCGCAAGACAAAUGCCUCGCAAGACGGAAAACCCGCUAGACGAAAGGGUUUUCCGUUUUGGAGGUGCUUCGCAAAACGAAUUUCCUAUGUGUUUGCUUCGCAAGACGAAAAUGUCUUGCGAGUUCCUGCGGGGUUUUUUUCCUUUCCCCCCCCUUUUUCCCAAGCCGCUAAACCGCUUAUCAGCUGAUGGCUAAGCCGCUUAUCAGCUGAUCUUUAAGCCGCUUAACAGCUGAUGCUAAGCCGCUUAUCAGCUGAUCUUUAAGCCGCUUAACAGCUGAUGCUAAGCCGCUUAUCAGCUGAUUGUUAAGCCGCUUAUCAGCUGAUCUUUAAGCCGCUUAUCAGCUGAUCGUUAAGCCGCUUAUCAGCUGAUCUUUAAGCCGGCUAAGCCGCUAAUACUGUAGCGCUAAGCCGCUAAACCUCUAAUGGGCUUGCUUCGCAAGACGAAAAAACCCGCAAGACGAAGAGACUCGCGGAACGGAUUCUUUUCGUCUUGCGAGGCACCACUGUACACACUUUGGUAGUAUUUUGGGGUGGGGUAUCACAAAAUAUGAUGGAUAAUAGCAUUCUGAUCCAGCUCACUUAAAAAUAUGCAGACCAAACAAAAUUAUUCAUCCUUAGAGAGAGGGCAAAAGAGCCUAACUUUGACGUUACGUUGUGAUGUGUCCUUUCCCUGAUGUAAGUGGAAGUUCUUCGGUUAUGAGAAAAUGGAGCUGGAUCGUCAUUUUCCUUCUAUUGUUUUUCUCCCUUUCUUGGGCCAGGGGCCAGCGGAGUUGGUCGAAGCCACAUUAAGAACACCCUGCUCAGCAAGAACCCGGAGAAGUUUGGAUACCCCAUUCCAUGUAAGUCACACAGAACCCAAAAUUUUCCGCUGUGACAUUUAUUUAGCGUUGCUUAGCCUCUGUCCCAGCUUCUUCCUAGACUUGUAAGUUAGCAUAUGUGCUCCUUUCCCCUCUCCAUAUUAUCCUCACAACAGCUCUGUGAGGCAGGUUAGGCUGAGAAUUUAGGACUGGCCCAAAGCCACCCAGUGAGCAUUGUGGCCAAGUGAGGAUUUGAACCCUGGUCUCCCAGGCUUAUGUCCAGCACUUGAACUACAACACCAGACUGGCUUCAUUGCAUGUUUCUUUCGGUUGCAAUGCGUCACCAAAGUAGCAUAUGGUAUAGAAGACUUUGGGCCGUAUCCAAUGCUGCUGUGCUGCUAAUGUAGCAGACCUCCUCUUGCAUAGUGUAACUUUCCCCUCCUCUCUUCUCUGUCCAAACCUGCUUCAAAGCAUUAGAGGACUCUCCAGAGCAGAUUUAAUAAAACACUACGCCUAAACAUGCUCAUCCAAUAAUAUUUUUUAAAGGACUUCUGUCCACCCCAAUGAAAUACGAGCAUUAAAAGAUCCCCCCCCCCCCAUAACACACAACUCUCUAAAUUAACAGUGAAAGGCCUGGGUGAAUAAAAGUGUUUUAGUCUGAUGCCCAGUGUGCUUCCCUGAGGAGAGCAUUCCAAAAACAGUGGGGCUACCACUGAGAAGGCUGGUUCUCAUGUCAGCACUUUCCAACAUGUGGAGAAGGUCCUCUGGUGACUAAUGCACUCUGUUCUUCCUCCACAACUUGAGAUUGUAAAGAAUUCCAGUUGUGUUCUUCCUUCCCCAAGCUCCCAAAUAACCCAAACUGGACCUGUAGGCAGAUUUGCUAUCUCCUUGCAGCAGCCCAGCUCCCAUGUCUCUCUGUGCCCCUUCUUCUGCAGACACCACCCGCCCUCAGAAGAAGAACGAGGUGGAUGGGAAGGACUACCACUUUGUCACCACGGAGGAGAUGACAAAAGACAUCUCCGCCAACGAGUUCCUGGAGUUUGGGAGUUACCAGGGCAAUAUGUUUGGCACCAAAUUUGAGACUGUGCACAAGAUUCAUGAGCAGGACAAAAUUGCUAUUCUGGACAUUGAGCCACAGGUAGGAAAGUGCAGCCUGCUGCUUGGAAAAAAUAUAUGAAGCGUUCUGGGAGCACCUUUGUACCUUUAGCUUCGGGAUGGGGAGCGUGUGGUCCUCCAGGUGUUGUUGGACCCCCUCCAUCUCUCAACAUCCACAGCUACUUAGCCCUGCUGUCCCUGCUCCACAGUUUAGCUUGUUGCAAACCUUUGUAAAGGGACAAGAGCUUAGGAGCCAGAGGUGGAGGAGAGGGCAAUAUUAGCCACAAAAUGUUCCAUGCUGAAGGUGCGCAGGAAGGGAAUGCGAGUAGGAUCAAAGGGAAGGGGAUUGGUAAGUGAACAGCAACUUGUUUUAGCCUCUCCUCUGCCCCGCUGAGCCCAGGAGAAAGACAGGUGUAUUUAAACUCCUCGAGAACCUGGCAUGGGUGAAUGAACAAUGCAAGAGUUGUGCACAUGUUUACUGAAGUGCAAGGACUGCUGAUUUCUUUGCCUCGCUUUUUUUGGACACAUUCACACCAUGUAUUCAGAGUGGCUUGAAACUGGGGGGGGGGGUACUGUGCUAGCUUUGUCUCUAAGUCAGAGGGGAACUGUAGGUGCAUUUUAGAUGCUUUAGUGAGAGUGUGUUCCCCUUUUUCUUGAAGAACAAAACUGAAAGGAAAAGAUGCUGCAGGAGCAUCUUGCCCUAAAAUAAGGUAACACAAGUCUGCAGCAUCCUGGACAGGCUUGUCAUUCAGGCAGGCUGGGAGGCAUGUAGGUAUGCAGCCUUUUAACUUUGUAGGAACUAUGCCCCAAUGGCUCUUUUCUUUCCCCCCAGACACUGAAGAUCAUCCACACAGCCGAGUUCUCUCCCUUCAUUGUGUUCAUCGCUCCCACAGACAAGGCAGAUCAGGUAAGAGGGGUCAGUGUUACAUUAGAUGCAUGACAUCUCUUUAUGCUCCACCCUUGUAGUACAGUUGUACCUUGGUUUUUGAACAGCUUCGUUCUUGAGCGUUUUGGUUCCUGAAUGCCGCAAACCCAGAAGUGACUGUUCCAGUUUGCGAACUGUUUUUGGAAGUUGAACAUCUGACGGGGCUUCCGAUUGGCUGCAGCAGCUUCCUGCAGCCAUUCAGAAGCCAUGCUUUGGUUUCUGAACAUUUUGGAAGUCGAACAGAUUUCUGGAAUGGAUUCUGUUUGACUUCCAAGGUACGACUGUGUGCCUUUAGAUAAGUCACACUUAAGUCUCUACUAUGGAGUGCCUGCGGGACACAGGUGGUACUGUGGGUUAAACCACAGAGCCUAGGGCUUGCUGAUCAGAAGGUCGGCAGUUCAAAUCCCCGCGACAGGGUGAGCUCCCGUUGCUCGGUCCCUGCUUCUGCCAACCUAGCAGGUCAGAAGCAUGUCAAAGUGCAAGUAGAUAAAUAGGUACCGCUCCAGUGAAAAGGUAAACGGCGUUUCUGUGCACUGCUCUGGUUUGCCAGAAGCGGCUUAGUCAUGCUGGCCACAUGACGCGGAAGCUGUACGCCAGCUCCCUCGGCCAAUAAAGCGAGAUGAGCGCCGCAACCCCAGAGUCAGCCACGACUGGACCUAAUGGUCCCUUUACCUUUAUGGAGUGCCUGCAUGUAGCAGUAGAGUUUGGGGCAUGGUUCCUUAGCAGAACACAAUGACAACUUCCCCCCAAAUGGGCCAUUGGACCAAACAAGACGGCGGGGGCUGACGACCACUGCCUUAACCUUUCUUCCAUACCUCUUGCCAGAGAGCAGUUUAAUGAAGCCAAGAUCUCUUUUCCCUUAAGAUGCAACUUUCAGUAGAGUGGGUUUAAUCUGGCUAUAUCCACCCAUUCUGCCAUGCAGCUCCUUUGAUUUAGAGCAAGUAUGUUGCUUACACCACCAAAAUUGUUAGGGAUCACCAGAUAACCUAGCAGCCAGCCUGGUGCCCUCCUGCUCUUGUUGAUUACAGAUUGUCUUAUAUCUGUCCACAGGCCAUACUGUGGGUGGGGUUGGACUCAAUUAUCUAGAAAGUUACAGGUUGCCCACCCCUAACCUGGUGCCUGCUUGGAUUCUUGCAGAGGGGGAUUAGGUGUCCGUGAUUUGACCCAGCAAAGAAUGCACGGGGGUGUGUGUGUGUGCUGAUUAGUAUUAAAAGAUCCUAAGUGUUGAGAGGUCUGGUGUUUGUACACAUGAAUUAAAAUGCAUAGAGCUAAUGAGUGGACCAUGGGAAUUGUAUCACUAAGGCCACCCAGUAUUAAUCGGCACAUGUCAAGAACCACCACCAUGUACAUGCAACCUAGCCAUUUUGCAAGGAGUUUAGCAAAGGUCUAGGCUUCAUCAAGGCCGUUGCAUGCUGAACUGAGAAACCCCACAAAGUGUACAGAGCAGCUUUGGCUAGAUGUCACUAACUGCGAACAAUUCCUCUUCCUUUGCAGUCGGAUACUUUGCUGCAGCUUCAGAAAGAUUCAGAGGCCAUCCGGAGCAGAUAUGCUCACUACUUUGACCUGUCGCUGGUGAACAAUGGUGUUGACGAGAGCCUUGAGCAACUCCAGGCAGCCUUUGAGCGCGCUUGCAACUCUCCCCAGUGGGUUCCUGUGUCUUGGGUGUACUGA